AUGACCGACCCCAUCGGUGUUACUCCGGGAGUUAGCCAGCCGAUACAUGACGAUCUUCAGACUUUCACCGAACCACCUGCCUCUGCCCCCCCUUUCUUACCCAACUCUUCACCCUCACAAAAUAUCACCCAGAACGCCCCGCCCACAAUUUCUAGUACACAUAGCUCCAGCCAGGGUGCAGCAGCGCAACUAGUGCACCUUUCAAUGCCUGAAAGUAACGCGCUCAGCACUGGUGGUACAUCGUUUUCUGAUGAACCUUCAAUGAAUCAGUUGCACAAUGACCAAGAUGCUUGGAAUACUGGUCUCGAUUCCCAGAUCUGCUCGUUACUCACAAACGCAGAUCUAGACAUGAACGCACUUGAAUCAUCUAUGAUAUCCUUUCUUAAUGACCCGACACCUGAAAGCUGUGUCCAGCCACAUACUGAAAGGAUGGUUUACAAUGAUCGCUUGACUGAGCCGGCCUACUCGCACAAAGAAGAUACGAUUCAAAGACAUUGGUUCACAUCUUUCGGACUAUCUACCAGUGGCAUCUUAACUCCCGACACUGAAGUCGGACAACCGCAUGUUGAUGACAGGUUCAGGGAGGAGCUAUACCUACGACUGCAGCCACGAAUCCCCAAUGAUCCUCUUCCAUCCACUGAAUUCCUGGUAGGUCCUUUCAGCUCGUUUUACCAGAGUAGUCUUCUCACCUACAAAGAACCUUUGCAUACGGAUGUACUUCACGCGCUUCAACCCAAUUUUCCCGAUCAUCCACGUACCAACUUUCCGACUACCAAGGAAAAGUUCAUUACUACUGUUGUCCAUAUGUUCUCUUGGAAGCUUGUUGCUUGGGUCUGA